AAAAAUAAAAAUUGAAAAAUGUAGGGAUUUUCCCUCCUUGUUUUCCAUAAAAGAGCGACACUUGGGCCAAAGGUUGCAUCUUCCCGCCUAUACGUGUUCAUCCGUACUCGGUUCAAACGGCAAUAAAUACACCCAGGUAGAGAGAGAGAGAGAGAGAGGAGAGAGAGAGAGAGAGAGAGAGAGAGAAAGCAUCAGUCAUUCAGUCCUCUUCUCUCUCUCCUCUGUUCUGUCCGCAUUCUCUGAAUUCUAGGGUUUCGCUGGCGAUUAGGGGGGAAAUGGGUUCCGCCGCGGAAGCAGCGGCGGUCUUGGAGACCAAAGGUGCCAAUGGGGCUAAGCCACCGGCUUCUCUUCCUCAGGAAUGACGAAGAAGAAGAAGAAGGGCAAACCAGCUUCCCAAAAGGCAGCACCUACUGGCUCCAAAACUAAGAAGCGAAAUUUGCCUCAGAGCACUGAAGAGCCUUCCAAGUCUCGGAAAAUGCCCAAGCGGGCUGCUGCAUGCACAGACUUUAAAGAGAAGUCUGUUCACAUUUCUGAAAAAUCUAAUCUUAUUGAAAGCAAGAAGGAUCGAGUAGUUGAUCAAGAAACUGAUGCUAUAGUCCUGACUUCUGGCGAGGACCAAGAUGCAGCACGCCCAAACAGACGGCUGACUGAUUUUAUUGUGCAUGAUGAAAGUGGGUUACCCCAGCCUGUUGAGAUGUUGGAAGUUGCUGACAUGUUUAUAUCUGGUACUAUAUUGCCUCUCAAUGAAAGUUCUGACAAGGACAAGGAAAGAGGUGUUAGAUGUGAAGGUUUUGGGCGAAUAGAAUCUUGGAACAUCUCUGGUUAUGAAGAGGGCUCUCCUGUGAUAUGGCUCUCAACUGAUGUUGCUGAUUAUGAUUGUCGUAAACCUGCCAGCUUCUAUAGGAAAUACCAUGAUCAAUUCUUUGAGAAAGCGCGUGCUUGCAUAGAGGUUUACAAAAAGCUGUCAAAAUCCAAAUCUGACACUACUCUUGAUGAAUUACUUGCUGCCAUUGCUCGAUCAAUGAGUGGAACCAAAUUCUUUUCCGGUACUGCAGCUAUCAAAGAAUUUGUUAUAUCUCAAGGUGAGUUUAUCUAUGAUCAACUGGUAGGUUUGGAGGAAACAUCAAAGAAGAAUGAUCUGCCGUUUACAGAGCUGCCUGUUCUUGCUGCCCUUAGAGAUGAGAGCAGAAAGUGUGGAAGUUUUGUGCAAUCAAAACCGGCAACUUCAAGUGGAACUCUAAAGAUUGGUUCGGAAGUUAUAGGCGGAGAGGAUGGACUGAUUUCAGCCGGUUCAUCCAUAGUUGAAGCUGAGGAAAAUGAGGAUGUAAAGUUGGCAAGACUUUUGCAAGAAGAAGAGUACUGGAAGUCAAUGAAACAGAAAAAGCGUCAGGGUUCUGCCCGGUCGAGCAAAUACUACAUCAAAAUUAAUGAAGAUGAGAUUGCCAAUGAUUAUCCUCUACCUGCUUAUUACAAGAAUUCCAUUGAAGAAACUGACGAGUUCAUAGUUUUUGACAAUGACUAUGAUAUCUUAAAUGUUGAUGACCUUCCUCGAAGCAUGCUUCAUAAUUGGUGUCUGUACAAUUCAGACUCAAGAUUGAUUUCGUUGGAACUUCUUCCAAUGAAACCUUGUGCAGACAUUGAUGUUACCAUUUUUGCGGGGGUUAUGACUGGAGAUGAUGGAAGCGGCUUUUUUCUUGAUUCUGAUGGUUCUUCAAGUGGUCCAGGAGCAAAGGAUGCUGAUGGAAUGCCGAUUUACUUGAGUGCAAUAAAGGAGUGGAUGAUUGAAUUGGGAGCAUCAAUGAUCUCAAUAUCAAUCCGAACAGAUUUGGCCUGGUAUAGACUUGGACAGCCAUCUAAGCAGUAUGCUCUGUGGUAUGAACCAAUUCUAAAAACAGCAAAGGUUGGUAGAAGCAUAAUCACUUUGCUGAAAGAGCAAAGUCGAGUAGCACGGCUUUCUUUUGCAGAGGUCAUUAAGAGAUUGUCAGGGUUUCCAAAGGACCACUGUGCGUACAUUUCUUCUGAUCCGGCAUUUGUUGAGAGAUAUGUGGUUGUCCAUGGACAGAUAAUACUGCAACUGUUUUCAGAAUUUCCUGAUGCGCAGAUUAAAAAGUGCCCAUUUGUGGUUGGACUUACAAAGAAAAUGGAGGAGAGACACCAUACUAAGUGGUUGGUAAAGAAGAAGAAGGUUGUGGAGAAGAGUGGAUCAAACUUGAACCCGAGGGCAUCCAUGGGACCUGUGGUUUCCAAGAAGAAGGCAAUGCGGGCUACAACAACAAGGCUGAUCAACAGAAUCUGGGGGGAGUACUAUUUAAAUUACUCUCCAGAAGAUUCGAAUGAGGAGGAAGCUAAUGGUAAGAAAGAGGAGGAAGUUGAAGAAGAGGAGGAUAAGGAGGACAUAGAAGAGGAUGAUGAUGAAGAGAACGAUAAUGCAGCAGUAACGGAACAAGCCCAGAAGCCUAGUUCAAUUUCGAGACAAACUAAAUCAUGCUCCAACAACAAGGAGAUUCUGUGGGAUGGGGAGCCUGUAGGCACAACAUGUUCUGGCGAAGCUCUUUAUAUGCGUGCCAGUCUUCGUGGAGAUGAAAUUUCUGUUGGUGGUGCAGUCUUGGUAGAACUUGAUGGAUCAGAUGAACUUCCUGCCAUUUAUUAUGUGGAGUAUAUGUAUGAAACAAGAAAUGGAAGCAAAAUGUUUCAUGGGAGAUUGAUGGAACGAGGAUCUCAGACUGUUCUUGGCAACACUGCCAACGAGAGGGAGGUAUUUUUGACAAAUGAGUGCACAAACUUGGCAUUAAAGGUUGUUAAAGAGACAUCAGUUGUGGAUAUCAAAUUAUUGCCGUGGGGGCAUCAGUACAGGAAGGAGAAUGAGGAAGCUAGCCAAAAAGACAGAGAAAGGGCAGAAGAUAGGAAGAAGAAGGGAUUGCCAACUGAAUAUUACUGUAAAAGCUUGUAUUGCCCCGGGGAAGGUGCAUUCUUUAGCCUUUCCUGUGAUACCAUGGGUCUGGGUUCUGGUGCUUGCAACUCUUGCAAAGUGAACGAAGCUGAGGAGGCCAAGGAGAUUUUUAAAGUGAAUUCAUCAAAGACUGGUUUUGUAUACAGGGGAGCCGAGUACUCAGUUCAUGAUUAUGUCUAUUUAAGUCCCCAUUUGUUUUCUACUGAAAGGAUGGAAACUGAAACUUUCAAGGCUGGUAGGAAUUUGGGUCUGAGAGCUUAUGUUGUGUGUCAAGUGCUGGAGAUAAUUGGUACGAAGGAAUCUAAACGACCUGGACCAGAAUCUACCCAGGUUAAAGUGAGAAGAUUUUUCAGACCAGAGGACAUUUCGGUUGAGAAGGCAUACUGUUCUGAUAUUAGAGAGGUCUACUACAGUGAAGAAACACACCUUGUGACUGUUGAUGAUAUAGAAGGAAAAUGUGAAGUCAGAAAGAAGAGUGAUCUUCCAGUAUGCAAUGCUCCUGUCACUUUUGAGCAUAUCUUCUUCUGUGAGUAUCUGUAUGAUCCUUCUAAUGGGUCUAUCAAGCAGUUGCCGGCGGCCACCAAACUGAGGUACUCAACAGGAGGAGGUGGUGCGGAAUCUAGGAAGAGGAAGGGGAAAAUCAAAGAAGGAGAAGAUGUUUCAGAAGUUGAGAAACAGAGAGUUGAUGCUGAGCAGAAACGUCUAGCCACAUUAGAUAUAUUUGCCGGGUGUGGUGGCUUGUCUGAAGGGCUGCGUCAGGCUGGCAUUUCAUUAACCAAGUGGGCAAUUGAGUACGAAGAGCCUGCUGGUGAUGCUUUCAAACUGAACCAUCCCGAGUCACUGGUGUUUAUCAAUAACUGCAAUGUGAUCUUAAGGGCUGUAAUGGAGAAAUGCGGGGAUACAGAUGAUUGCAUCUCGACUUCCGAAGCUGCUGAUUUGGCUAAAUCACUUGAUGAGAAGGUUAAGAAUGAUCUGCCACUGCCGGGGCAAGUGGAUUUCAUCAAUGGAGGACCUCCGUGUCAGGGUUUCUCUGGAAUGAAUAGGUUCAACCAAAGCACUUGGAGUAAAGUUCAGUGUGAAAUGAUUUUGGCAUUCUUGUCCUUUGCUGACUACUUCCGGCCAAAGUAUUUCCUCCUGGAGAAUGUGAGGAACCUUGUGUCUUUCAACAAAGGACAGACUUUCCGUCUGACUCUGGCUUCCCUUCUUGAGAUGGGUUACCAGGUGAGGUUUGGUAUUCUGGAAGCUGGAGCUUAUGGAGUUUCCCAGUCACGGAAGCGAGCAUUCAUAUGGGCAGCUGCGCCCGAUGAGAUUCUCCCGGAGUGGCCAGAGCCAAUGCAUGUCUUUGGUGUACCAGAGUUGAAGAUCAAUUUGUCAGGGAACUCAUAUUAUGCUGCUGUUCGAAGUACUGCAGGGGGAGCCCCUUUCCGUUCCAUAACUGUCAGAGAUACAAUUGGAGAUCUCCCAGCUGUAGGAAAUGGAGCUUCUAAGGUCAAUCUGGAGUACGAAGGUGACCCCAUCUCAUGGUUCCAGAAGAAAAUGCGAGGGGAGAUGACUGUUCUGACUGAUCACAUUUCGAAAGAAAUGAAUGAGCUGAAUCUCAUUCGCUGCCAGAGGAUUCCAAAGCGGCCAGGUGCUGAUUGGCAAUGCCUUCCAGACGAAAAGGUGAAGCUCUCUACUGGACAGAUUGUUGACUUAAUCCCGUGGUGCCUGCCCAACACGGCCAAGCGCCACAAUCAGUGGAAGGGCCUGUUCGGAAGGCUUGACUGGGAAGGCAACUUCCCAACCUCCAUCACAGAUCCCCAGCCAAUGGGAAAGGUGGGAAUGUGCUUCCACCCUGACCAGGACAGAAUUCUGACAGUUCGGGAAUGCGCUCGGUCUCAAGGAUUCAGGGAUAGCUACCAGUUUUCGGGCAACAUUCUUCACAAGCACAGGCAGAUUGGAAAUGCAGUUCCUCCUACUUUGGCCUAUGCGUUGGGACGAAAACUCAAGGAAGCAGUGGACAGCAAGAACAAGGCAGAGGAGUAGUUCGUGGUCGUGUUUUUCUAUGUUGUUGUAAAUAUGUUGUUCCAUUUCGUGGCCGAAAAACCACAGUUGUCUUUCAUCUUUUUAUUUGCUCUGGCUGUUUACUUGGCCUUUGAACUUGUAGAUUUCAAUUUCAAUACACACAGGCAAUUUACAUAAAGAAAAAAUUUAUUUGAAUUCA